UAUAUUUUUAAUUUCACUAAUUUAAUUUACAAGAAAAAAAAAAACACCAACAACAAUAGUUUCAGUGAGAGUGUUAAAAACAAAAUAAAGAAACAAAAAUGCGUUUCACUUAUAAUCAAUACAAUUAUUAUGAAUCCGGUUAUCGGAUUCCAUCCAAAAUGCAUCAUCACAACAACAUCGGCAAUAGUAAUAACAAUAAUAAUAACAACAACAACAACAGCAGCAGCAACAAUAGUCAUAAUAUAAGCAUCAAUUCCAGCAAUUCAGCCUCCAAUGUUUAUCAUCCCCACCAUUAUAAAAGUAAUUUUGGUAUGCGUACCACUAUGUCUACCAUGUCCACAAUGAGCCCGCGUAUACAUCGUAAAGGUUUUCGAACCCCUUCAAAAAGACAUCCAGGCAAAGCUUUUCCCGGCAAAUUGCAUUCAGUAUCAAGGAUCGGUCCGGGCAAAAUGGUGCCUGGUAAACGUUUUCCCAUACGACCACAUCCACCACCCUGUGAUAAUUCAAAUGAUAGUGGUUUCGGUUUCGAUCAACAUGUUGAAGUCCAACAACAACAACAACAGCAGCAGCAACAUAGCCAGCAUCAACAGCAACAACAAACCAGUAGCCCCAAUUCAAGUACAAAUUUAUCAACCUCCUCCUCCUCCUCCAUGCAUCAUCACAGUCAUCAUCAUAAUAACAGUCAUCAUCAGCAACAGAGUUCAAUGCAAAACAGUCCAACAUCACUGAACAAUAAUACAUCAUCGUCGUCGUCUUCGGCCACAAGUCUACAACAUUCACCUCAACAACAUUUGAUCAGAGCCAUACCUGCCUCAAGAUCAAGACCUGCUAAAAAAUUACCCUUCUUAAAUGAUGACACUGAAAACACUGAAUCGGAAGAUGAAGAUUUCUGUACCGACGAUUCCGAUGACAAUAAUGGCGGAAGACAUCGUAAAAAUUUGAAACUAAACGAUCAAAAGAUAUCAUCAUCGUCAUCAUCCUCUUCGUCAUCGUCGUCCUCGUCUUCAACGUCACCCCAUUCCGAUAAAUAUCACCAUCACCAAAAUCACAAUCAUCACCACAACCACCAUCAUCACAUGGGACUUGGUAUUAAGCGUAAAAAGAUUGAAACCAUAGCGGUUGAUUUGGAUAACGAUGAUGCCUGCAGCGAAGAUGCGUUCAUACGUAAAAUAGCCAGUGCUGCCAGUGCCCAAGUGCCGGUUGCAAGUGCGCCAGCACGACCGGCACAGCUUCAGUUACAGGCACACCCACACAGCUCUCCAAUAGCUGGGCCAACCACCUCAAAAUUUAUUGCCGCCAGUGCUAGGGGCAUGAGCAGAGUGGCUCAUAAAAGGCAGCCGGCCACCCCACCUAACAGUGUGGCCACCUCAUCAAAUGGUCGCAUACAAUUGGAAAUUGUUUCUCAACCGGAACAGCAACACAGAGCCAGAUACCAAACCGAGGGCAGUCGUGGUGCUGUUAAGGAUCGCAGUGGCAAUGGUUUCCCCAUAGUUAGAUUAAAUGGCUACAAUAAAUCGACUUCGUUGCAAGUAUUCAUUGGCACCGAUAUUGGCCGUGUUGCUCCCCAUAUGUUUUAUCAAGCCUGCAAAGUUGCCGGCAAAAAUUCCACGCAAUGCAAUGAAAAGAAAGUCGAUGGCACAGUGGUGAUUGAAAUUGAUUUCAAGCCAGACCAAGAUAUGACCAUAACAUGUGAUUGCGUGGGAAUAUUAAAGGAACGCAAUGUCGAUGUUGAACAUCGUUUUCCCGAACAUCUUGCACAAAAGAACAAAAAGAAAUCCACAAGAUGUCGUAUGGUAUUUCGCACACAAUUAGCACAUGAUGAUGGCACCGUCGAAACCCUACAAGUCUGUUCCAAUCCCAUUAUUUGCACCCAACCGCCCGGUGUACCAGAAAUAUGCAAAAAAUCCCUUAACUCUUGCCCAGUAGAUGGUGGUCUGGAAUUAUUUAUAAUCGGUAAAAAUUUUCUCAAAGAUACACAUGUGAUAUUUCAAGAAACCUACGAUAGUGUCAACAACGAUGAUGAUCUCAAGUCAGCUGGAGCCCCAGCAAAUGAUAUGUCAAUUAUGGGUGGGGCAUUGUGGGAACAAACAGUGUUGCCCGACAAAGAAUAUUUGCAACAAACCCAUUUAAUAUGCACUGUGCCACCGUAUAUACAUCAGAAUAUAAUGAAACCAGUCACUGUGCAAGUGGCGAUUAUUUCGAGCGGCAAAAAAAGUGAACCCCAUACAUUUGUUUAUACGCCAAAGGGCACCUAUACACCAUUAGCGGCAGCAACUACGCUAAGUAGUACAAAUACAAUACACAGUAGCUUAUCAUCGGCCCAAGAUGGCUCUUUUAUGGAUACAACACCUGCUGCUGCAGUGGCAGCGGGCUCCACUGGUCUAUGGCCUCCAACAGAAACUAAGCAUGAAAUUGAUGCUGACAUGAUGCCACCACCCAUUACCACCCACAUGCCCAUGGUAGUCAGACGGCCAUCUUUGAAUACCACACAACCUUUGAUAACGGACCAGCAGCUGGUGCAUCUCAAUGCUGUGGUAGCAGCUGAAGCUUUAAAAACCGAACUGUUAGAUGAGUCCUCACAAAACUCCUUGGCCGAUGCCAUCCACUCGCCCGAAUCGGUAGUGGCUGCCUGCGGGGUAGGUGGACCACAAAGUCCCACCGCUCUGCAAUAUCAUUCACGUUAUGGUCGCAAAGGCAGCCUGGAUGCCAUCAUGUAUGAUAAUAACAGCAUGCAAGGUUUUCCAGUGGCCCCAGCUGCCCCCACUACCACACCCAUGGAGGUGGCUGUGGCGGCCGCCGUUGAAAUGGCUGUUAAGAACGAAAUUGCCAAGGCGGUGUCAGUGGCAAAAGUUGACAAAUUUAUUACAGAUUUGGCCAAGUCGGCCAAUGUAGCCGAUGCCACAGAUCCCGUGCAAGAACCCUCUUUAUUUGGUGUCACAAAUAACGCUGCCAUAGAUCAUGCUCUCACUGAUAUUUUGACCACACCUCAAAGCACAGCCGUGGCUGCUGCCGCGGCUGCAGCCGUAGUACUCGAACGUAGUCUAUCCAAUUCAUCGGCCAGUUCUUCAUCAGCUUCGGGUUCACCCAUGUCGGGCACUUCUCCUUCCAACUCGCUCUCCAGUCACAAUUCACCCAUAACCCAAGAUAUUAUCUUGAAUUCAGAACCUUCCGUACAAUUGACACCUACAAUGCCGCUGCAGCAACUAAUGCCAAACGGCUCCACAGCUUCUGGCGGCGUUAAUGCCGAAGUUAGUCAGACAGCCGGCCUAUCUACAGACAUCAUAAUGAACCCCUCCGUCUCGCCAUCGACCAUACUGUGUUCGGACAAUGGAGCGGCCACCGCUGUGGUGCCCAACAUUAUGGCUCCCCAUCAGGUCACCAUGGCCAAUUCCAUACUCAACGAUAUCGCCAUGCAGGCCCAGCCCACACAACAAGAUGCUGCCGUGGCGGCUUUAGCUUUAAGCAACAUCAUUAUGACACCACCCAGUGAUACAACAGCUGCUGUGCCGCCCACACCCGCCUCUAUGCAACCCGAAGUUACCACAGCCACCUCGACGGCUGUCAGUAAUAUGAUCAUUAAAGCUGCUGCCGAUUUCAUUUCAAACCAGGAACAACAGACACAACACCAUCACCACUGUCACACCAGUCAUCAGUCGCAUUCGCCACAACAGCAAAUAAUGUCAUCACAAACCGUUACCGCUGAUCCGUUGUCGUGUAAUCCAUUGAAUUUACUGUUGAAUCAUUCGGAUGUGGUGCCCACGACACAGGCUAAUGUUACGGCCGCAAAUGGUGUGGGUAAUGAAACGGUCUCUUCUCAAUUUCCAUCGUUAGGCAUAACAACACCACCCCAAGAAUCUCUGAUUGUGGCAUUGGCUACUGAAAAUGCCCUACAGAAAUCAGUAGCAGCGGCCGCUAUUACUACCAAUGGAGCCGUGGUUACCCAAGAAACUGCAGCACCACCCACACCAUCCAAUUUACAUCCAGUAGCUGCCGCUGCAGUGGGAGCUGUAGCAGCAGCUGCAGCAGCGGCCGCUGUAGCACCUCUGGCCCCCAUACCACAAGACUUGACCACAAUGUCGGAUCAGGAUCUAUUGAGCUACAUCAAUCCCAGUACAUUUGAUCAAGUGUCUUUCUAUAAUUGCAGUCUAAGAGAUGAAAACUCUGCGGGCAUAUUUUACAACAAUCAAGUGGACCAAUACCGAAAUUGACCACAACGAAUACUAAUGGAAGACGGGAUUAGAAAGCAGCAGCAGCAGCAAAAAGUAAUAAAACUGAAAAAGUCUUACAAAAUUUUACCAAGGAAUUCUAAACGUUAUUUCGCUAUGUUCAGAAAGUAUUGACACUAAAUACUUUUCCAAAAUUGAAAAAUUAAAACUAACAUUUUUCUGCACAAGAAGAAUCAAAAGCAGACAAGCUGAAAAUUUAAUAUUAAUUGUAUGUACACAUAUUAUACAAAAAAACAAACAAACAACAAAAUUGUCGUUAAACUAAAUUUAAAACUAAAAAUAAACAAAACAACUAACUAAAAUUAACAAAUGGGAUCAUUAUUAUAAAAACUAAAGUCAGUGUUAUACAAUUGAUGUUUUAUUAUUACAUUUACCUUAUAUAUAUAUACAUAACUACAUAUAUACUAUAACUAUUACUAUAUAUACUACAUAUAAAUUUAUAUGUUUAAAAAGUUUAACUGUUUUCUUAUUAUAUUUACAUAUUACAUAUUACUUAUAUACAUAUUUAUAUACCUAUAUUUUUUGUUUAAUUUUAAUUUCAUUUUGUAAUAUUAUUGAAAAUACUUUAAAGUCAAAUGAAUUAUUGUUAAAUUAUCUCAUUUCUCUAUAAAUAUAUACCUAAAUGUAUGUAUGUGUUAAAAAUUUAUGACUGCCAUAUGAAAACACUAUUUUUUUAAAAAAUAAACAAACAAAACAAAACAUUAAAUUACUAUUACCACAGAAAUAUAAGUUAUAAUUUUUAUUUUAUUUUUUUACUUUUUAUCUAAGUUAUACAUGCAUAUAUUUUUAUUUUAAACUAAACUAAAUAUGUAACAAACAAAACUAAUGUGUCUAUUUAUUUUCUAAUAAAACAAAAACAAAAAAACAAAUAAAACAAUUUAAACUAAAACUGGAAAAUAAGGCUUUAAAAGCACUCGAAAUUUAGUUGAACAAAAUAUUAAAUUAAACAAUAAAUUAUAUAAAUUUACACUUGUAACACAAAAAAAAAAAAGAAAAGAAA